CUGAGCUUUUGGCGGGCGUGCGCCAGCGCUCGCAGCGCUCGAAAUAAAUUGUCCGCGCGCCGUCUGCACAGCAAUCGAGCACAUGCUCACGGCUGGAUGAUGCGCUACGUGCUACUUUUCACGUGCUGCCAUGCGGUGCAGUACAAAGUCACCUUCAAGAGGGUCAGCGCCUUCGCGAAGCCGGGCACCGCAGUGCGAGGAGACGUGGACGACGCGACGUGCCCGUACCGCUUCGACCUCUACGCGGGCGGGCGGUCGCGCAAGGCCGGCGAGCGCGAGCGGUCGUCUAUCAUUGUUUCGACGGAGAGGGCCGUCGACGCGACGUGGACGCUGCGACUCAUUGGCGAGAAGGUGGCCGUCGAGGCCGACGGCGGCUGCCGCUUCACGGCGAAGAAUCGGGAGAGCAAGGGCGUGCCGUUCGUAACUCCAGAAAUAUUGCCUCGGUUUGUAGAUGAAGACGGCACCGUAUGUUGCGAAUGCGACGUCACCGAGUGGCCACCGACCGAAGCAGUGUCCUGGCCAGACGCGCUCCCCGCGGCCGACGUCCGGCCGAAGCGGGAGUUGCACGCGGGCGCGACGUUUGUACCCAUCUGGCGGGACCUGAAGCAGCGCGCCAACCUCGGAGAGAAGGGCUGCUACGGCGGCGUAGACUACGUCGUCGAGCGCGUCUCGGUGGAUGGCGAGGCCGCCUUCGAGGCAGCACCGGGCGCGAUCCUGACGGUGCGGCCGGCGUAUCCACUGGUGAGGCGCCUGGAACGGGUCUGGCCCGUGGACGUCCGCGAGGACGAGAUCCCGGUCGCGCUGUCGUCGGCGGACUACACGGCGUUAACGGGUGUAGGCUUCGCGGGCGUCGCGGCUGCUUGGCUGGCGAUCGCAGGUUUUCUUGCAACUCAAGUUGGCGGGCUCGUCGAGGUACCGACGCUGUCCAUGACGCCUACGAUCGAGCCGGGCGACACGCUCGUCGUGGAACGCGUGACUCCUCGAUUCAGGUCGCCGGCGGUCGGCGAUGUGGUCGUGUUUGACGCGCCCGCCGCGUUGAAACGCGUCAGCGGCAAUAGCAAGGCGCAACUGUACGUGAAACGCGUCGCGGCGGUCGCCGGCGACCGCGUCCGCGUCGACGACGACGGCGGCGUCUCGGUGAACGGCGCGCCGCGGCGGAGUCCGGCCGGCGACCGCGUUUGCGAUCUCCCGGAGGCGCGCGCCGAGCUCAAACGAGUCCUCGGCGACGCGCGACGGUCAAAGAUCGCCGUCGAGGAGCUCUCGGUUCCCCGUGGCUCGGUCUACGUCCUCGGCGACUGCGCGGACGUGUCCGUCGACUCGCGGGUCUGGGGGCCGCUCCGCACGUCGGAGAUCCGCGCCCGUCCGCUCAACACGCUCAAGGGGAGAAGGUAGCUAAGUUAGGUGUGAAAUGUACUCGGCGGCCCGUACGAAAUCG